AUGGCGAAAAUUCAGAAACUGAGGUUCAUAACAGAAGUUGCUCCCCCGAAGUUCAUCUCAACAAGACGGCGUCCCGUUAUCAAAAUGUUGGAUACAAUCGAUGAGGAAAAGGCUUAUGCAUCAAACCUUUCGUCGUCUCUCAGCAAAGCUCUCGACCGGGAUGGAUACCGCCAAGUCUCUCCUUUCGAUUUUGUUGCAAUUAUGCAAGCAGCGAAAUUUCCAGUAACUUCCACUAAGAACUCGUGCGAAUGGCCGAAGGAAUCAGCAAGUGAACCGACAACAUGUAAGCUACAUCUGUGGAGAUUGCGGCCAAGAGAACACGUUGAAGCCAGGCGACGUGAUUCAAUGCCCAGGGGUGGGUGCUACAACAUUGAGCAAUGGUCACUGCGUUGUAGUGGCAUGAGAUCGUCGCCUCAGCAUCAUUCAGAGAAAAGAGAGAAGAAGAAGAAGAAAAAUAAUUUAGGGUUAGGGAAUGGGAAUGGGAAUGGGAAUGGGAAUGGGAAUGGGGAUGGGCAGGGGCGGAGGAAGAGAGAUCGUCACUGCCUCUCUAUCACAAACACGGGAAGGGAGACCACCGUCGUUGUUGCCAUGACGCCACAGUCGCUACUGAGGUUACCUGAACGAUGCUGA